AUGUUGCUGUCCACGCAGACCACGCUGCUCCUCCUCCUCGCCGGCCUCUCCUCGGCCGCCGUCCUGCCCCAGGACGCCCCCCGUCGGGACGGCCUCGUCGCCCGAAACACGCCCGCCUCGCCCGCGCCCACACAGACGCAGUCUGCCCAGGGUCAGGGUCAGGGUCAGGGACCGGUCCAGCCCGCCGCCGUCACGCCCUCCGUCUCCCUCCCCGUCGCCUGCGACUACACCUACUGCGACGGCUCGUCCUCGUGGUGCUUCUACUGGGGCGGCGUCACUUCGUACGACCCCAACCACGGGCCCGUCCCCGGGGAGACGAGGACCAACCUCGGCCCAUGCGGCGCCGCCGCCACCACCGCGCCUGCUGCGACCCGUUGA